AUGGAGUUUAACCCUACUCAAGCGACAGUCCACAAUGAAGGCUGCGACCUUCAUUACUGGUAUCAAGGCCAAGGCCCUCUCAUGCUCUUUGUCCCAGGCGGCAACGGCCAUGGAAGACAAUUCAACCCCAUCAUAACCGCUCUGUCAGACCGUUUCACUUGUGCAACCUUUGACAGACGUCAGAUGUCGGCGAGUCAAGUCCCAGUCAACAAACCAUUGAGAAUGACUCAACAAGCCCGAGACGUUCGAGCCAUUAUCAAGGCAGUUGGUUUCGAGAAGGCCAUCCUUUUCGGAAGUAGCAGUGGUGGCAUCAUCGGCUAUCAAUUCGCCCACGACUUUCCAGAAAUGGUAGUUCAUUUGAUCUCGCAUGAAGCCGGACUCUCUGGCCUCAUGCCCGAAGCAAGCGAGAUUUACGAUUGGAUGUAUGGCCUUGUAGAAUUGCACAAGACCAAAGGUCUGGACGCUGUCGCAGCGGAAUUCGACAAAUGCUUCGUCGGGACUCGUGACGAAGGGGUACCGAAGUCUGUUUCUCCCGAACCAGAGAAUGCUCGCAAUUUUUGGGAGAAUGAGUUUCCUCAGCAGGUUGGGUACUGUCCCAAUUUCUUCCGUAUCAAGGAGAAUAAGACCAGUGUGGGAGUGAUGAGAGGUGCGAGGUCCAAAGAGGCGUUUUAUGCCAGGGCGAUUGAGGAUCAGGCCAAGUUCUUGGAGUGUCCGCGUAUGACUGUGCCGGGUCACCAUGAGGGGUUUCAGUGUGAGAUGAAGGAGUUUCUUCCUUCUUUGUUCGAGAUGUUGGAGAUCUUGGAGAAGAAAAAGCAAUCUGGAUAG